CAACGUUCAGAUUGCGUUGAAGCGAGAGACAGCACAAAGGUCAAUUAGCUCGCUGCUGCCGUCGGGCUUAUCUUGCUUAAUUUACUAUCGCAACCAGUGCUUCGCUUUUUGGCCGAAACUGCGACUUUUGUGUUUGUUUUUUACUUUGGAUGUUCGUCACUCACUCUUUGAAAUAAAGUUGUUAAACAUUGCGACGAAAGUUUCGGAAGUGAGGCGUCUCGGAUAUUACGGACUUAGGAUAAAACAUGUUUUUAUUGGAUUAUCAGGGUCCAUUAUAAUGAGAGUUGACUGUAGCAACUAGCAGUUUUGUUCAAGUUCUCAUCCUCACAUGCUCUAACCAUCUGUUAAUGAAUAAGUUCUUACAUGGAAAGAAGGCACUAUGGAUAAGACCUGCUUGAGGCUAUGGAAAUAAUUAUAGCAGUAGCAGUAGUCAUCUAGCCACCCUAAACUACUGCAUAGGGGCUAGAGUGUGCAGGAAUAUGGUCAAAUGGGUUCAAAUGGCACUUGGGGUGCAUGCAUUCAAGUGAAAUGUGCAGUAGUUGAUUAUACUUUGGCACUGUGGCAGUCAAUUCACAUUGGAGCAUGUCACCAGGAACUUUCUGCUGUUUCAACGAAGAUCUUGCACCACUGAGUAGGCUAUAGAGAUAUCUCGUUGUCUGGUGUUUUCAAAAAGCCUUGUAGAUUAGAUUACGUUAUUCUCUAACCACGAAAAAUACUUCUCAUAUGGUCUUAUUAAUGCAUGCAGGGCACUUUUCAGCAAGUGUGUAGCUUUUUUAUGCGAAUAUCUAAAGCCUUUGUAUAGUCCGUAUCUGGCACUGUAGUCUCUGGCAUUACAACAUGGCAAGUUGUCGUCGUUUCUCUGAAGCUUUUUAGUGAUGAAAAAGUCGAGGAACAUCUAAUUAUUCAGUGACUGUAGAAGAGACUUCAUCAGUACUCGCCAAUGAAGCUUUUGAUGUGCUGAAUGAGCGCUGGCAGGAGCAUUGGGACACAUGGUGUUUGGAAAAGGUGCUGUUGUUAUCAAGGCUGUGGGCAAAUAGAAAUCUGUGUUCAAGACAACAGUGCUCUUACGUUGAAAAAAAAAAAUAUAUAUAUUCCACUCUUAAGAAGAGGCUUUGCAUGAGUUCAUGAAUAAUUGUUCACAAUAGCUACGUGAGGUCCUAAUAUGCUGUGAAGUUUAACAUCAUGGCCCCAGCCUAAAUAUUUCUGUUGAUACGAAGGGGAAAAGUUUGUCUGUGUUGUUACCAUUUGUGCUGGCUUUGAUAUUGACCUUUAUGCUGUUACAGAUGUGUCCAUGCCUCUUUGAAAAUGUCCUACACAAUGUGUGCUUCAGGCUUUGCCAGGAAACCAGCUGACCAGAUUCUUCACAGAAAGAAUUCACUUGUUUGCUCUGUUACAUGACACAGUUUGAUAUAGGCUUGAUUUAGCAUUGAAGCAGUGAUAUGACUGUAUGCUGAUUAAGACCAAUGACUUUCUUGUCUGGAACAAAUGUACCUCACUGUACUGCACUGUACUGGAAUGCAUCAGGAAUGCAGUACUGCAACUGUGCUAUACUAGCUGAGAAUGUAGUUCAGUCAAGGUAAUAUAUAGUGUGGGUUUUUGCCUGUCAUAUUUUUUCAGUAAUUUGUGCAUGUGUUCAGUAGUGUUAGUGACAAAAAUAUAAACUGGUAGGUAGGUUACCUUCUGUAGCUUUUUGUUUCAUAUUGCUUUUGAUGAGGUAACACAAGAAUGAUUAUAGUAAAUGUUUAUAAUGCACCAAUAACGACAAACAAUCCUUUGUGGAACGCACUGAAAUAUGGCUGAUUUCUCCUCCAUCAACAAAUGUGGUUCCAUUCUAACAUUUAUGAAUGCUUUGUUGAUUUCUUAUUUUGUUUUAUGUCUUUCAUUUUCUUUCAGAUUUAUUCUUUCUUUUAUAUUUCAUUCUAUAAUUAUCACGUGUUCAAAUAUUAGUUGAUGAUUUUGAUGAACUAUUAGUUUGAUUAGUUGGCCAUUUUGUUGAGCCUCGUUGUGGUGUGAAGAACAUGUAAUACUUAGUUUAAUAGGCGAGUACAUAUGCAUUGUUGCAUAUAAAGACUAGUUUUACUUUGUAGGCAUAAUAUCAAAAUUGCAUGCCAAAUCCGAUCUUUAUGUAUUGCCAGCAGGAGUUUGUGUGUAUCUAAGAUAGUUAUUUUUGUAUAGAGAGAUAGGAACUUCUGUGGGACGUACUGCAUCACUGCGCUGUUGCCAGGACAGUAAUCGAUGGGUUGUGUAGUCCAAGGUUAUAGCAUACUUUGCCACCAACCAUGGCAAUCCUUUUUACAGGGAAAGCUACAUAGCUCUACCUCUCAUUGGUCCGUCAUCUCCAUAGGCAAAAACUUGGGAGACGUGUUCCACUUGUGUGGCUGCAUUCCUUGCAGCACCAGCAGGCGGUAUUCACAUCUGCGGCAUCAGCGGGAGGCAUGCGUGCCGCUGGGUUCCCUGCGGCAGACGCAGGUGGCGCUCACAUCCACGGCAGCAGCGAUGUCACUUAAGGGGGAAAGAACCAAAAGAAGCAGGAAGCUCGCCUUCACACAUAGCAUUGGCCGCAAGUGUUUCCUGGUUAAGAGAUCGGUUGCAUAAGCUGCGACUUUCCAGGAAGGGACAACUGCUGCUCCCCAGCAUGAAGCAGGGACUGACGUAACUCUGCUUCCCUAACUAAAAGAAGAACCUGCCUAGUAACUGACUUGUGUUGUGACAGUGCUAUGGGAAGGCCAUGUAUAGUGAGGACUCCUGAAGAGCAGCGUGCAUACGAGGUGUGGCAAAAGUGUGGUUAAGUGCAUUUCUCUUCCCUCUGGUCCACUCUUUGUAGGUGCACGAAGUAGUGGCUCAAGCCAGGUCACAGGCCAUUGAAAUGUCUUAGGCUAAUAAUUAGGGGAAGUGCAUGUGAAUGUCACCGUGUGAAUAAUUUCAAGCUACAUCAUGAAGGGUAAUCGUUGUAGUUCUCGCUUACAGUUUCGCUGUCCAACCACCUGCAGAGCGUGGACUGGAGACCAUACUUUUUUAUUGCUAGCUGUAGCAGUUUAGUUCCAUCAAGUUUGUAACGCCUCAUUUGCAUUGUCUUCUCAUGCUCUUUGUGGCUAUGCAGAUUGCUCAUCGUCGGGGUCUCCCUCGGAGCAGUUCCAGUCACUCGUGUCCGUGCAUGGUCAACUGCAUUCCUGUGAGCUGCGCACUGUCAAGACUGAUGAAAAGCACUGCGCAGACGAACACACGAGCACACGUGCAGGCAAGGGCCCCUUCAAGUGCCACCUCUGCUCGAGCGUAUUUGGUCGCGCUUCAGAAAUGAAACGGCACAUGCGCAGCCACACGGGCGAGCGCCCCUUCCCGUGCCAUCUGUGCUCAAAUGCGUUCUCUGACAGCACCACCCUAAAGCGGCAUGUGCGCGCCCACACGGGAGAGCGUCUCUACAAGUGCCACCUGUGCCCGAACACAUUCACAAAAAAUUGUAACCUGAAGCAGCAUCUGCUCACACACACGGGCAAGCGCCCUUUCCGCUGCCACCUCUGCCCGGAGACAUUCUCUCGGAGUUACACCCUAAAGCGACAUGUGUUCACGCACACAGGAGAGCGUCCCUUUUCCUGCGUGCACUGCGGCCUGUCCUUUUUGCGGAAGGACCAGCUCUUGUACCAUGUGUCCGAUCACACAGGGGAGAAGCCCUGUUCCGUGACAUCAGGGUCCCUGGAGCAGGAUCAGUUGCUUGUUUCAGUGCAAGGCCGGCUGCAUUUGUGCCAGCUGUGUGCUUACAAGACUAACGACAAGACGUACAUGAUGGAACACUUGCGCACACACACAGCGAUGACCGUCGAGGUUCAAGAUAACACGCCGAACUGUAAACGUCGAAGGCCUCGCGCGCAGACGCCCCCGGCAGUGCUGCUUGGAUUAUUAUCUCGAUCGCGCACUGACGGAUCCAGAGGGGAGGCCUGCGGGUGCUGCCCCCAUUUCCGCCUUCAUGGACGCUACCCUGGAUCCUCCCCCAUGUUCACUAGUCUACAAUGUUUAACUGAUGCCCGAACUACAGGUUCCUUGUUGCCGGGGUCCCUGGAAUGGUACCAGGCAUUCGUGUCCGUGCAUGGAAGGCUGCAUUCCUGCCGGGUGUGCACCUAUGUGUCCGAGAGCAGAGAGCACAUGAAGACGCACCUGCGCACACACACGGGCGAGCGCCCCUUCAAGUGCCACCUCUGCCCGAGCACAUUCACUCAGAGGUGCAACCUGAUACGCCACGUGCGCACCCACACUGGAGACCGUCCCUUUCCCUGCGUGUACUGCAGUGCAGCCUAUUCACAGAAGCACGAGCUCUUGUAUCACAUGAAAUCUCGUCAUGCAAUGGUCUGGGGCUUGUAGUUAUUUUUUAGACCAACCAAUUCACGUAUGUUCUUUUAUGGCAUUGAUUGACUUCUAAACUGUAUUGAAAGGUUUCUGGGCCCCUCAUCCUUAGAGCAUCUUGUGAUGUGGUCCUUGUUAUGUGUCUUCGAGUUGCUGAUGACUCCUGGUGACCCCAUGAGUAUGCCAAGUCCAAGGAAAUCUGCUUAACACAAGCAUUUUAAGCUCACUGAGACGCUUCCCUAUAGCAUGUGUAGCAUAAAGCCGUAUGUUUGUAGGUAAUCAAGCAUCACAGUUUUUAUCUCGCGUUCUUGUACUUAGAAUGACAGAAAGCUGAGCGUGAGGCGUGCAGACAGGACACAAGAGAAGAGAAGUGGUCCACUUCUCUUCUCUUCUUUUUUGCAUAAUGAGUUCUUGUACUAUUACCUAGAGGGAAGGGAUUUUCUUAAGUUCCUUCAUUUUACUCCACACCUAUAUCAACAUAUUGAACGUUUGCCUUACCUUGAAUUUCUUUUGGCCUAAAAUGUGUUCGUGACUGUGGAAAUAAGUAAUUUGAAAUUACUCACAAUAUAAUAACUUAGCAAAGAAUCAAACAAACAAUGAAAACUAGGGCACAGUAAUACCACAUUUUCCGGUGUAUAACUCGCAGUUUUUUCUGAAGUUUUUGUUGGUGCGUCUUUUAAAACGGCGCAGCUUACAAACUUUUUUUUUGGGAGAAAACUGCCGUCAAAAUCGGAUAGGAUUCUAUGGCCACGCUAAGUGCGCUGGGUUUACCUCCUCUGGCAGUUGCUACGGGUUUUGUGCGUGCUAUGGUUCUUCUUGCGAUUGAGUUGCGGAGCGCAGUACGAGAAGGACGGAGCAGUAACCCGCGCGGCGGCAGGCCGCGAGUGGACCGAAUCCGAAGUCGUCGCAUCUGCAAAUCGCUUUCAAGAUAUGGCGUGUGCCGCUGCACAAGCUACACAGUUGCCACCAGAGUAUGCAAGCCGCCCUCCCAUGCCUUCCCGCUUUCCGCCCUUGUGCGUGAUUCAGCUCACUGUCGCACGUUUUCACUCACACAUACAGAAUAUACGGUGUGCGGGGAUGAUGUUAUCGCCCUUGGACUUUCUAUAGAACAUCGCGGUGACCACAACGGCAGAAAUAUGGAGUGUCCGUAUCAUGCAUUCCUUGCGCGUGACCUGCGUUCACGGAGCGAAACGUUACUGUAUAUUUUUUAAUCGCUUACCGAAUGAACAGGUGCACCCUAUGCACUGGUGCGACUUGUAUAUACUUUUUUGGAGGAAAACUGCCAUUUUAAGGGGGGUGCGACUUAUCACCGCAAGAUACGGUAUAUGCCAAAAUUCUUGUAUUUCUGCAAAUUUAUCAAUACAAUGGUGGUACUGUUCACAUUUUAUGUAGCAGUUGAGCUUCCAAGCUCAAUUGCUAACGUUUUAAUGACAGCUUGAUAUUGCUUGUAUUGAUACAAAUAUAGCAAGACUACUAUGUUACACACUGUUUCAGUACCGACUAAGCCAUUGUGCCAGCUGAAAUAUUGUGCUGUUCACAGCAUGAUGUGCAUAGCUUAAGCAAAACGUGUUCUAAAGCAUAAUAUAUGUCCUGUAUCAGACUUGGAAUUUUACAUAAAGCCCAAAACACUGGUUGGCAAUUACACAACAUGGCAAAUACAUGAGCCAGUUGGCACUGGAACUCUUGAGAAUCCACCAGUGAUGUUUAGUGACAUGUGUAGAUACCACAUGAAGCUGGUAUGUGGUAUUGAAAUAGUGCAGCAUGUGUUGCUUCUGGCCUGAAUCAACUGCCGAGAUGUCUGGAUGCGUGGACUGGUGAACAAGGUGUCAUGCAGCUUUACUAUUGCCACAAUGCCCUGCAGGGAUGUCUGUGUUAGAAGACAUGUCUGGUGUGUUGCGACACCACGGACCCAAGCACUAUGGUGUUUUGGACCAUCCCGUGUCUAACCAAGUAUGGCCUAGCUAGGUCUGGGGAAUGGAAGAUCUUGGGGGCUCAGCCAAUGUUUGGAUCCUUAAGUUUCCUUGGCAGAGACGGCACACUUCAUUCACCUCUGUUUUGUCUAAAUGGCGUUCCUGGUCCCGCCCCAAAGGAAAUUGGCAGUCGCCUUUUCCUAUGCCUGUCUUCAACCUUUGUCUUUCUCUUUUCCAUCUUUCCUAUCUUUUAUUAAUUUCUCCCAACUUCCAAAGUUCAAGGUGGUGAGGGUUAACAACACGAUCAUUUGUCACACACUUCUUGAUGAAAAUUAGCAUCCAGCUGUAGAUUGGAAAAAAGUUUAAUGAAGAAAUUGCCCAUAUGCCUUGAAAUGCUCUUAACAAUUUAUAUCAACGACGCUGUUGCGUUUUUUGCUGCUUUCAUAUUCGACUGUGUUAGAGUGCAUCCCACAAAUGAAUGGGGCUCCAAAAGGACGUGCCAUGUUGGAAUGAAGAUUGUAGAAAUGCUUGUAGGAAACUCAGUGAGGCUUGGGGCUUGCUUCAUCAGUCUCCAAUAGCAGAAAACCGUGUAAAUUUUAAGCACGCAAAGAUGCAAGGAAUAUGAACAUGACAUAUCGUUAAGAGAAAGAACUGGCAGAAAUGCAUAUUCAGUAUAACUUCCUUCACACAGGCCUAGAAAUGUGAUAGGUCAGCAGCCCUAUGUAUUGCCCUUGAUAAUUGCCCUUGAUAUUGCCUAAUUGUAGAGCGCCCGCUUCGGCUGCAGGAGGUUGUAGGUUCGAUUCUCGCCGUUGCCGGGCGCCCACUGGUUAAAAUUGGCACAAGCAUACCUCAGUCUGGCAUUCGGCUUCCUUCAAGGGUGAUGCGCUUGGGAAAGGAGCCUGCACCCUAAAUUCCUGUCGAAACGCUUGGGAGUACAAAAACCUCGUGAGCACAGCUUGAAAGACCAAGCUGAUGGGCUAGGCGCACAUUUUGAGUAUGUGUCUAGGGCUGUACACAGCACCAAAACCUUUAUGCGAUAUAAAGCUAUGUCUUAACGCAAGUUGAAAGACUGUAGAUGUGCGCCGAAUAAAGUAUGUGAUUGCCCACUUAGCAUGUUAGAGCUUAAAGCAUGUUCAACAUACUGCUACACAGGUCUGCACUAGGAUGAGAUAAGGUGAUCUAUGACAUGAUUAUCCUUAUUAUUAUCCUUUCACUUUAUAACAAAAUUUGGUCUGAAUGCUAUCACUUCUCAGCAUGGAAGGAAGCUACUAUGAUUCCUAUCCUUAAAGAAGGAAAACUGCACUCACUAGUUGCAUCUGCAAAAUGGGUAAUGGUUGCUUAUUGCACUUCUUAUAAUUGAACAGUUUACGGGAUUCACACCAGUGUGGUUUCAGAGCAGGCACUCUGCAAAAUAGUUAAUCAUCACUUUGCACUUAUAAUUGAACAGUCUACUGAAUCCACACCAGUGUGGUUUCAGAGAAGGCAGUGCAACUACUGACCACCUUGUGUGCAUCGAAGCAAACAUACAGGAAGCUUUUGCGCAUGAACAACAUUUCUUGUUAGUUUUUCCUCGAUAUGAAAAAGGCAUAUGAUACCUAGGGUUGCCAACAGUCCCAUGUUUAGUGGGGCCAGUACCUACUUAAGGGUAAAUGUCCCUAUAGUCCUGACUUGACUCAGUUGGGAUGGUCAAAUGUCCCGACUUUUGCGUUUUUUUCAUACUGGAUAGCAAUAGACGAGAUUUAGUUUUUAUAAUGCCUGACAGCGUGUUUGCACUGUCUUCUCUUUUGUAUUCUGUUGCAUUGUCGCCAACUAAAAGGGGGUAUUGUUUUAAACGUGGUUAUAGUUCUUUUGUAGGUUCUAACUGUUCACCGUACCUCUAUGUGUAUUAGCAGUCGUAUUUGUGCAGCUGUACUGCACCUUCCUUGUUGUAAAUUUCGACAGGAUAGAACUAAAGAAAUCUGCUCAACUCGCAUAUGGACUGGUGGCUCCUGGCACUGACAGGGUCGGUUGUCACCAGCUUCUGCCUUCCCCCCUUUUUUAAUAAUAAUAAUAAUAAUCUGUAUUACAUUCAUUCUCUUCACAGUUGCAUACCCAGCCCGCAUAAGCAACAGUGCUUGUGUGCGAGGCUGGGCAGUACGGCAGGUAGUACCAAUACGUGCACAAGAGAUAAAAAACGAAGGAAUGGGUAUUGUAAUAUUGAAAAGGCAUGCACGUACUAUGUCUCUAAGAUAGAUUAAACAGAAAUACAUUGCAAACACAACUACGAAAUUAGGUGCGCACAUACAGGAUCCAAUAGUAACAAAUGCAAAAAGGUACAUAAUAUAAAAGCAGUCUGUCGGAUAUGCUCUAUCAUUACAUAUAUGCUUGCAAAAAUCUGAGGGAAAAGCUUAACAUAUAUGGGUAUUGCGUAUCACCCAUGACCUUAGAAAUGAUUUUAUUUGUUUAAAUGAUCCUGUGAUCUCAUUCUUAUUCAAAUGCCCCGUCUCGACUUCGUGCGCUCCAGAGUUGACAACUAUAAUGAUACCACAUGGCUUACGGAAUGUUGAGAGAUCUCAGCGAGGUGGAUUCAAGGAAACAUGCUGAAUGACAUUGAAAGCUAUCUGCAAGAUUGUAUGUUUUGUGUGAAAGUGGGCAGAUCAUCAAAACAAUUUGUGCAGGAAGCAGGAGUAACCCAAGGAGGUGGGCUAGGGCUGCACUCUCUUCAUCAUAAAAAUGAAUACACUCUGAGAACUUACGUAGACGAAGUGCAAGUAGAACUUAAAUCUUGUAAUCACGCCAUCCAUGAAAAGCAAAUUGAACGUGCACUGCACUGGUUGUCCAAACGGGUCGACGAAAGAUGGCCUGAAAUUUAAUGUGCAGAAGAAAAGCACUGUGUCUUAUUGUCCAGAAUGUGUGGUUUGGUGUGAAAACGUUCGAUUAAGCUAUGUGGGCAAUGCUUGAGCGUGAAAACAGAACAUUUGGUUCUAGGCAUUAUACUGUACUGAAAACUUAUAUUUAUCCCUCAUUUAAAUUCUCUGAAAGAAAAGUGUCUAAAAACAAUGACAGUACUUCGUUUUUGUCUCACACAGACUAAGUAGCGACUUAAAAUGCCCUAUGUGCCUGUACAAGAGCCUUGUAGCAUCCUGACUGGAGUAUGGUUCAAUAGUAUAUCAGUCAGCCCCUAAGAGUAUGUUGAAAAUGCUUGACGCUAUCCACCACCUAGGAAUUCACCUGACAACAGGUACCUUCAGAACUAGACCUAGUCCAAGCCUUCAUGUUGUAUCAAACGAAUGGUCACUUCACAUGCAACAGUACUUCUCGAGUUAGAAGUAUUUCUUAGCGGUACAAUUGAACUCAACACAUCCUUGCUUUCCAGUGAUAAACGAUUUCUCUAGCUAAGCUUUUUUUUUGUCAACAGAGUGGGAACUACUGUACCAUUUUUACUCCGUGUUAGAAACACGACAUGCAACAUAAAUGUACCAAUUAUUUAGAAAAAAAUAGCGCUCUUGAACCCACCAGCGCCACUCUGGAAAUGAUAUUGCAUAGACUGCAACACAUCCUUCUCGGAUCCAGGUGAAUAAACGAAGCACAAAUAGAACUGGCUUUUUAGAACUCCAGAAAAAACACUGCUGCACCGAGUCUUAAACACAUGCUUUGAAGUCUGCUGUUGGAGCGUCCUGUGCUGCUGUCAGACCAUCUUUCUCAUUGUCGGAAGCUUUGAACAGACGCACCAUAUCUUUACCACUGAGGCGCACACCAUAUUACCUGCUGUAAAGCACAGAGGACAUGCACAACUCAACAAAGAAAUAAUUUUCACAUUCUUUCUUUAAGAUUAAAGACCUUAAAGGGGCCCUGAACCACCCAUCGAGCUUGGUGAAAUAACCUAGUCCGUGGAUAGCAAAUGCUGCUGUGAACAUGUCAGUCAAGAUUUGCUGUCUUAAGCGGUGUGUGGAGCCUCGCAAGCAGAGCACAGUCACCAUUCACUCAACCACUCUCUUCUUAAUGAAAGCCAGCUCCUCAUUCUCUUGGUGGAUGCUUUAUUUCAUAAUAAAGCAGAUUCUCAUACAUGGCUGCUAUUCAUAGCGGUGGUCUGCUACAAAGCAUAGGUACCGUGGCCGCCGUGGGGUGCCGCCAUGACUCCGCUGGCUAAGCACAUUGCAGCUUGCUGAGGACAACCGCGUUUGGCUUACUGCUAGCGCAUCGUAUGCACCAAAAUUGGAAGUCGUGGCAUCUACAUUAACACCCAAAAUGAAAUUUGAACUGCACGCCAUGGUGACAUAUAGAAGGCAGAGCAUUGUGGGCAUGCCCCACUCCUUUGUAGUCUUCGCAGUGUGAGGCGUUCAAGAAGGAAUGGGGACACAGCAGACGCCAUCUUUGAUUGCCAAUAACUCUGCUUCUGCUGAAUGCAUUGAAGUGUUUUUUGCGGCAAAUUAUUUCUGAAAUAGCCUAUUUUCACUUCAGAUGUCUUUCCCCACUUCGAUAAAAGGUGGUUCAGGACCCCUUCAAGUUCAUCUGAAGAACGAAGAAUGCUGUUCUGAAUGAGCUCUUUUCGGUCUUGCAUGCUGCAUAUGCAACGAAGUAAAAAAAUUAUUAUUCCAGGUGCCUUUCCAUCAAGGCUUGCACAUUGAUGGAGGCAGACGGGCAUGCUGCAGUGGCAGCUGUUGAAUGUUCCAGGAGGGUUUCCUCACAGUCCACAUGCAGACCUCAAAGCAUACCUGCGUAAGACAGUGAGGGAACAGUGGCAGUAAGGCUGGGAUUGGAAGCCGACAAUAAACUGCCCCCUGUACAUGUUUCAUUGCGCAAAUUUCAACUAAAUCGUUCGUAUGCCUCUCACUCAUACUUGUUCACAGGCAGUGAGCUGUACAUAUUCUGAUGAAACAAUGCCAUACAUGUCCUACUGUAAUGUAGAGAAAUGGAAAGUAUAAGGUGCAAACUUUUUUCUAGCAUAUAUCACAAAAAUAUUCCCCCACAUUUCACAC